AUGUUUUUAAUUGGAAUAAAAGUUAGAAAUAAAUUAAAGGUUCGACUUUAUUAUGUUUUAUUGAUUUUGAAUAUUAUAAUAAAUUACCUACCUAUGGUAAAUUCAACAUCAAAAGGAAUUGGUUUUGUUUAUAAUUUUUACCCAGGUGUACAAAUAAGAACUCCAAAAACAGAAGAUAAAACUAUUUAUUUAACAUUUCCAAAAUUAUUAUUUGAUUAUUCAUCACCAUUUAAUGAUGCACAUACAUAUUGUAGAGGAGAAGAUGAAAAAGUUGAAAAUUUGUGGAAACCAAAAAUAGACGUAUUUUUUGAAUCAGGUCAAAAAAAGGCAUAUAAUUUUAAUUGUACAGUUAGGGAACCAGAUAAAUUAAAAUUAAUGUUUUAUGAAAAUAUAUUAUUUAAUAUUAGUGGAUUUUCACCAACUCCAAAUAGUCCAGUUUGUUUGUUACAAGUUGAUAAAGAUAAAAUAAAUUAUUUAAAAGGAUUUAAAUUAAUAAUUCCAGCAACACCAAUUGGAUUUUCAGAUUUAUUUUUUCAAGUUCAAUUUUGUUCAGCAACUCCAAUGUAUUCAAAUGAAAUGAUAAAGGAUGGAACAGAAUUUGAACAAAUUGUUGUAUUAGAUGUAACACCAACAUUUAUGGGAUCAUCAGUUUAUUUAUUUUUAGGUAUGGCAAUUUUUUCAUUAGUAUUGUCAUGUUUAAUCAUUUCAGCAAUAAUACAUAGAUGGAAAAAUACAAUUCCAGAUUUUGAAAAUGAAAUUAUUAUUUUAAAUAAUACAACUGUAAAUAGUAAUGAUAGUAUUUCAAAUAAUAAUAAUAAAAUUAAUAAUAAUAAUAAUAGUCAACCCCCUAAUAAUAAUAAUAAUAAUAAUUGUAAUAAUAAUAAAAAAUCAAAUAGUAUAAAAAACAAUAAAAAUAAUACUUUUUAUGAUGAUACAGAAGAAGAAGAUGAAUAUGAUGAAAAUGAUGAUGAAAAUAAUGAAGAGAUAUGUAUAGAAAAUGAUGAUGAUGAUGAUACAUUACCCUGCGAUAAUGAAAAUAACGAAAAUGGAAUCGAAUUAAAAUCAAUACAUUGUGAUAUAUCAUAUAAAACUUACGAAGAAAAGAUUCAAUAUUAUUUAAAUAAAAUAGAUACUUUUUUUAAUAUACCGCCUCAAACUUAUUAUAUAGAUCAACAUGGUAAUAAUUCUUUAUCAGUUAGUCAUCAAGAAUUAUUAAAUACUUUAUUAAAAAGUAAUAAUAAAGAUAAUCAUUAUAUUGAUAAUAAUAACAUUAACAAUAAUAAUAAUAAUAAUAAUAAUAAUAAUAAUAAUAAUAAUAAUAAUAAUAAUAAUAAUAAUUUUAUAAAUAAUAACAUCAACAACAACAACAAUAAUAAUAACAAUAAUAAUAACAAAAAUGGUGGUUAUUAUAUAAAUAAAAAUAAUGAAUUGAUAAGGAUGGAUUAUAAUAAUAAUAAUUUUAAUGAUAUAAAUAUAAAUAAUUCAGGUAAUUUAAAUUGUUCAAAUAUUAAUAACAAUUUAAUUGGUAGAGAAGAUGAAUGUUCAAGUAGUGGAAGUAAUAAUAAUAAUAAUAAUAAUAAUAAUAAUAAUAAUAAUAAUAAUAAUAAUAAUAAUAAUAAUAAUAAAAAAAAUUGA